AUUCCCGCCGCACCGGGGUUGCGAGGCUGUUUGUGUCAGAGCGGUGGUCGGGUUUUACCCAGCCCGAGCAGGGAAGGCAGUGAGGAGGUUCUCCUUCUCCUCCGCGUGUGUACUAGCCUGACACGUCCGUUCCUCGCUAACAGGGUGACCCGUGGGCGCCCGUCGGGGCCUCGACCUCUGCACCCGCCCUCCGAUCUGACGCUGCGUCCUGGACUUUGCGUGCAUUUUACUCGGAGGAAACUGAGGCUCGGAGUGCGAAAGUCAGCCGAGGUCAUCUCUUCAGGACAGAGAAGGGCCGGGGUCGGCCGAGCCCGCGGGAUCCCCGGACCCCGCUCGGUCUACAAGGCCCCAGGAUGGCAGCGGCGUGGACGGACCCGGCGCAGGUGUCCGUGACCUUUGAGGAUGUGGCUGUGACGUUUACCCAGGAGGAGUGGGGACGGCUGGACUUGACCCAGAGGACCUUGUACCGGGAGGUGAUGCUGGAGACCUGGGGGCUUCUAGUCUCUAUGGGUGACAGCACACAACCCAGGACCACAGAACCUACCCUUCCUCACCUGGCCUUGCCUGAGGAAGUCUCACUUGAAGAGCAACUGACACAGGGAGCCUCAGGGGACUCACAACUGGAGCAAGCGAAGGAUCAGGAUGGGCCAUCAGAGAUGCAGGAAGGCCACUGGAGACCAGGGAUGGACCCGUGGAAGGAGAUACUCCCUAGAAAAAUGAGACCUGAACAUGAUGUUUUGGGGACAGAUGUUGGUUUAUGUUCAAUGAUUGUACAGGAACAAGUCUCUCCAGAAGAUGGUCUCUAUGAAUGUGACUCACAUGGAACAGUUACAGAUCCCUUGAUUCAUAAAGGAAAAACUUCCUAUAAAUGCAAGGAAUGUGGGAUCAUGUUUAAAAAGAAUUGCCUCCUUGUUCAACAUGUGCAGAUUCACAGUCGAGUGAAGCCCUAUGAAUGCACAGAGUGUGGGAAAACCUUUAGCAAGAGCGCACAUCUCCUUCAGCACCACAUUAUCCAUACAGGGGAGAAGCCCUACAAGUGCACGGAAUGUGGGAAGGCCUUUAACCGCAGGUCACACCUCACACGGCACCAGCGGAUUCACAGUGGAGAGAAGCCUUAUAAGUGCAGUCAUUGUGGAAAGGCCUUCACCCACCGCUCCACUUUUGUCUUGCAUAACAGAAGCCACACUGGAGAAAAACCCUUUGUGUGCAAAGAAUGUGGCAAAGCCUUUCGAGAUAGGCCAGGUUUCAUUCGACACUAUAUCAUCCACACAGGAGAGAAGCCCUAUGAGUGCAUUGAGUGUGGGAAGGCCUUCAACCGUCGGUCCUACCUCAUGUGGCACCAGCAGAUUCACACUGGAGUAAGACCCUUUGAGUGCAAUGAAUGUGGGAAAGCCUUUUGUGAAAGUGCAGACCUCAUUCAACACUACAUCAUCCACACUGGGGAGAAGCCCUAUAAGUGCAUGGAGUGUGGGAAGGCCUUCAACCGCGGAUCACACCUCAAGCAGCACCAGCGGAUUCACACUGGAGAAAAGCCUUAUGUGUGCAGUGAAUGUGGAAAGGCCUUCACCCACUACUCCACUUUUGUCUUGCAUAAAAGGACCCACACUGGAGAAAAACCCUAUGAAUGCAAAGAAUGUGGAAAAGCCUUUAGCGAUAGGGCAGACCUCAUUCGACACUACAGCAUCCACACUGGAGAGAAGCCCUAUGAGUGCAUGGAGUGUGGGAAGGCUUUCAGCCGCAGCUCACACCUCACGAGGCACCAGCAGAUUCACACUGGAGAGAAGCCAUAUGAAUGCAUCCAGUGUGGGAAGGCCUUUUGCCGGAGCACUAACCUCAUUCGACACUCCAUUAUUCACACUGGAGAGAAACCCUAUGAGUGUAGUAAAUGUGGAAAGGCCUUUAAUCGUAGCUCAUCCCUCACUCAGCAUCAAAGAAUUCAUACUGGGAGAAACCCCACCAUUGUGACAGAUGUGAGAAAACCUUUUACACCUGCACAGACUUCAGUUAAAAUCCAAGAACUCAUAUUAGGGAAAGAUUUUUUUGAAUAUGACCACUGACGAAAAUCUGUGGUGAGAGGAAGCAUCUUAGCAUCUGGCCAUUCAUGCAAAAGAGAAACUCCAUAAGUGCUAUUUCUAUGGAAAAACCUGUUGUAGAUCCUCAUUUGCCAUUAAAGAAUCAUGUUAGCAGUUGCCCGAGCCUAGAGUCUUAUUCUGUGUCUGAGGAUUCACCCAUGAGACAGACCCACUAGUUAUUGUGCACA